ACACCCACUCACUCUUCUGACCCCUCUUUUCUCACUGAAUUCCCUCCUCUUCCUGCACCCACUAGGGCCCCUACUCCCCCUCCUAAACAGGACUUGGGAGUUAUGCCACAUCCCACACUUACACUUACCACCCCAUCCAUCCCUUCACUCUCCACUUCCAUUGACUUACAGCAGGUCACUUUUACCAUCAACACACCUGACCUGACAGAUACACUCUCAGAUACUGAUGACCAUCAACACCCACCCAACACCACACACACCACUCAGAACGCACAACACCGCACCAAAAAUCCCCCCACUACUCCCACACCCAUAGACACUUCUCCCAUUGACACUCUCCCGGUCUCCCCUACCCUUACACCACCCAAAAACAGACCCACCAUACAGGUUACAGCCCUUGUCACUCACACUUAUAACAGUCAGCCCACAAUCACCCAACGCCCUAACACGGCCACCACUAACACCACCCAGGCUAACCACCUCAUAACACAUUUGGUUCCACAGGAUAUAACACCAUGUCUCUCUCCACCAGGUUCCACCCAAGUGGGAGGGGUAGACCCAGGACAGUCCAAACCAUCAAGGGUGAUGAUGAGCAAGGGAAACAAAAAAGCUAACCAGCUUACAAAACCCAAUGCUGAGCCCUCCACCUCCACAGGUGUAGAACUGUCUGGGGCUCCUACUCCCUCCCCCCUACCUCUACACAAACCCUCACCUACACCACAUUCUACACAACCCCUGUCCCCUAGGCCCCCUCUUCUUCGGACUCCUACAGUCCCACUUCUCUCUCUCCCCCUCUUCUCUCCUACCUAUCACAAAUGGUCCAACAAUAGACUUCAGGAGUGGCACAUCAGACCUAACAAACCCAUAUUAUUCAUAGGCGAUUCCAAUCUGGCCCGUAUUCCCCCUCAUCCAUAUCCCAACAUACAGAUAGACAGCUAUCCAGGUGCCACAGCCAACCACAUGAACCGGUUACUUGAGAAAACUUCCCCACAAGAAGCCGUUGAGCUGUUAGUCCUGUCGGUGGGUACCAACAACAGAGAACACAAUGCUAAGGCCACCACCAACAAACAACUUAACAAAAUGUUUAAGUUGGCCACCAAAGUUUUCCCCAACGCCAACAUUUAUGUCCCGGUCAUCAACUUUUCCCCCUCUAUUCACCCACACUACAAAUACAAUCUCACCGAGAUUAACCGCUACAUCACCACCCACCUCCCCCACCUCCAACCACUUCCAGCAGAUCAAUUUUCCACCACACUUGAUCACAUCCACUGGACCCCAGAAGUGGCUUCCAAAAUCCUCCACUUCUGGUGCACACAACUAAAUUUAACCUUUCACAGACCCUAA